GGAAGCGUGUUAAUUUUUCUAAGCUAGGAAGCUGGAUUUUUCAACACAUGCUUGAGAAAAUCAGAACACCAGUUUUGACUGACCCACCAGGACACAGUUCCCUUCCAUAAAUAUCCCCUGCUCUCAAUUCUCCAUUCAGCCUUAAACCCAACCUAAGGCCGCCGACGCAGAUAUAGCAUUUAUAUAUAUACAUCUAUACUGAUGGGCGUGAUGAGGUACAGCCAGGAGAACACUUCGCCGGUGCCGCCGGCGAGGUUUUACAGAGCCUUGAUCCGCGACGCCCACAAGCUCGUCCCCAAGCUCCUCCCGGCCGCCACCAAAAGCAUAGAAAUCCUCCAGAGAGUUGGAGGAGCCCACGGCACCAUCUUGCUGAUCUGCUUCUCCGACGGAAAGCAAGCGAAGCACAGGUUUGAUGCCAUGGACGAUGAGAAGUACGUGUGCAGGUACACGUUGAUUGAAGGGGAAGUAUUGAAGAGCGGCAUUGAAUCCAUUGUGUACGAGACGAAGUUUGAAGCCUUGGCGGAUGGAGGGAGCAUUUGCAAGAGGACUGUUGAAGUGAAUGCCACACUUGGAGCAGAGAUUCAAGAAGAGGAAAUCAAGGCUAGCAAUGAAAGAGCAGAGCAGUUGUACAAGGCUGUCGAAGCUUACCUCUUAGAAAACCUCACUGCUUAUGCUUAAACAUUAUUGUAGCAUUUGGAUGGAGGAUUUUGUUUGAGCAAUAGAAAAGAAAGAAAAAUAAGAAGGAAAUAUGUUUUUCAA